ACUAGAUAAUUCCUUUUUUCUUCUCUCAGAGGCCUUUCUGUUUAAAGACAUUUUAGCUGGAAGAUGCUAAUUAUCAAUGAGGAGAAAGUGACACCUGAAGAGUUCAUUCUCCAUCUUGGUCCUCGGUUUCUCCUUUGAACUCCUUCCACCCGACCCUCUUUCCCACUUCAUCACUUCUCCCCGGCCAUCAUAAAAGAGAGCCCUGCCCUGGCCAGGCGGCACAACUUGCCUUCUCACUUGCCAGGGCCUCAUCCUCUCUGCAGCUGUGUCACAGGCAUGGACAACCUGCGAGAGACCUUCCUCAGCCUGGAAGACGGCUUGGGCUCCUCCGACAGCCCCGGGCUGCUGUCCUCCUGGGACUGGAAAGACAGGGCGGGGUCCUUUGAGCUGACCCAGGCCUCUCCCGCCCAGAGCCUCUCCCCGGCUCCGUCCCUGGAGUCCUAUUCUUCCUCCCCCUGUCCGGCUGUGGCCGGGCUCGCCUGUGGGCACGGAGGUGCCAAGGGUCGGGGCGGUGAUGACUGCAGCGGCCUUGGGACCAGCGGCCUGGUGGAGGUGGACUACGCCAUGUUGGCUUUCCCACCUGCCUAUCUGCAGGGCUCUAGCGGCCCCAAGGCCCAGAAGGGCACCAAGGUCAGGAUGUCCGUCCAGCGGAGACGGAAGGCCAGCGAGAGGGAGAAGCUUCGGAUGAGGACCUUGGCUGACGCCCUGCACACCCUCCGAAAUUAUCUGCCCCCGGUCUACAGUCAGAGGGGCCAGCCGCUCACCAAGAUCCAGACGCUGAAAUACACCAUCAAGUACAUCGGAGAGCUCACAGACCUUCUCAACAGCGGCCGAGAGCCCCGGCCCCAAAGUGCUUGAGCUCAGCCCUGGGACUUGGGGGACUCACCACCCAGCCCCCCAGGCGGGGGACAGAGGAGCUUUAAAGACCUGGACCAGCUCUUGGAACAACAGCAUCUGAUUAUUUUCAUAGAAUGUGCAUGACCUUGUUGUCUGGAAAAGUCUAAAGGAAUUCCCACUGGACUAGUCAGAAACAUCCAGAACACUUAACUGCCAGACAAGCAGGUACUUUUGGCUUCCAGUUUUGCCACCAUUUCUGAAGAAACUUGCCCUUUGCAAAGACACAGAGGCUUUUCCCUUUUCUGUCUGU